CGGUAGUGGGUCACAUCGAACGCUUGAAUACGCGUGUUUUUAUUGUUCUUGAGGGUGUGAAAAGCAUUUCAAGCUACGGAAAAUUGCUGGGUAUGAUACAGAAAAAUGAUUUUAUUUUUUUUACAUUUGAAAAGGGGGGGUUUCGACCGCAAACCACCCCCCUGGCUACGCCCCUGUUGGGAUCUACUUAUUUUCUUGUGUCCUUGCUCGGAAUCCGUUUAUUGAAUAUUAAAACCUUUUCGUUUAGCCUCUGGGAAAUUUGAUAAAACUUCGAAAUUUAGAAAAUCUCCGGCCAUUGUCAUUCAGUUCAACCAGUCGUAGACACGAAUAUAAAAUGAAAUUGGAUAUCAUUCAAGUGUGUUUGAAGCAGAAAUUUAUUUCAAAUCUUAAUGGCACUGCUUCAUACAAUAUAACACAAAAUGCGAAUAACAGAAAAACAUCCUCAAAGUUCGGUACAUUUUUUAAUAGCCGUCGCUAUAGAUUUGCAAUAGAAUAUUAAUUGCAAUCUGUAUUUUAUGAAAAUGUCAAAAUAUCCACACACGACAUUAUUAUAUGAGGUCACAUUUGGAUCAUUGACAGUUCCUAAUCUCAACAAGACCGUAUGUGUGCUGUUCAUAUGUGUUAUGAGGAAAACAUUUGUAAAAUCCCAUUUCAUUUUAUGAAUUUUUCAAAAUAUUUGCGAGACUAACACAUGCUAUUCAAUUAUACUUCCUCAUCCGGUAUCUAAUAUCCCUUUUCAAACAUCGAAUAUGCAUGAACAGUACAUGACUUACUAAUAUAGGUGAUGCGAGAUUGGUUGAAUUAUCACCGUCUAUUCUGUCUGCAGUUGAAGAGGAUAAUCACAGAAUUUUUGAAGUUGAAUAAAUAACUUAUCAUUUGUAAUAUGAUUACUUACAAAUAACUAGCUAUACGUAUACAGACUAAAUACAACAUGACAUUCGGGAGUAUGUCAUUCAUUGGACACUGAUAAACUUUGUCUCACCAUCGUUUUAUGACUGGCCGCCCGCGAACACGCUAAAAUUGCAAUUGGUCAUGAUCGCUCGAUUCUUACGCGUGCUAUAUAUGGUAUACGUACACUCGAUGAAUAAAGUUGAUGAGGGUCGUGUAGGACUAACUUCCCCGUGUCGUUGAUUCAACAUAUUGUUAAAAAUACUAAUGUUUAGCGUUUCAACGGAAAAUGCGCUGACUAACUGAUUGGGAAAUAACUAGUCAUUCCUAUGUUUGUGAUAUUUUACCGCCACCCUGCCACUUUUUGCAACUAUUUGGCGAUAAAUGGAUCAAAAUAAUGCUCGAACUGCGGUAGUGCUAUUUACAGUACUCAUAAACGUGAAAGAAUGCCAAGCAUUGGGCGAAUGCGGCUGCGCUGCGACCAUAGUGUUGGGAAUUUUGCUUACUAUUGUCUCCACAGUUCUCGCCAUGGUGUUAUGCCGAAUAUAUGGAAGGAAUUUCAACAUCUUUGGAACGUGUUGCAAAGAACCCGAAUCAAGACAAGAAGUCAGUAGAGAAGAAGGGUCGCCGUAUUUCACAACUCGCGGGAUGAAUCGAGGACCUGAAAGCAAUGAGCAUCGCCGACAGGAGGCGCCACGAGGUACACAACAAGGUCCUCGAGGUGGGAAUGUUAACGUAUGUUUAGAUGUACAAGGGGAUCUGGCUUCGCGAUCAGAGAGUAAUUUUCUCCGGGAAGCUGUUUAUGGCAAUGAAGAGUUUGCUCGAAGAAAUAUGUCUGGAUCAAAAUCCUUGAGCAGCGAUUUCAGCCAAGCAUAUGCCUAUCCACACCAACAAAGCGGACCAGAAUUGCGUCCCCCAAAUCCUAUUUCAAAUUCUCGUAAUAGACAUCAUGGAGAAAAGUUCACCCAACCAUCCACAUCCGGAAUACCUAGAAAACCGCCUCGACAACGUUCAGAUAUAUCACCAAAAUAUACUGAUAUAAAAGAAAAUGCAUCUUCACAUGGAGAAAAUAGUCGCAAUUACCAGGCUGAUUACGUUUCUCCGGUGGAAGUUACACAAGAGUUACCGCCAAGGGAUCCGCACUAUGUCGAGCAGGAACAACAAAAUGAAUCAGAAGAUGUGUAUACAAUGGCUGGAGAAUAUCCUGGGGGUCUGUCAAGUAUCUAUAGUCAAGUUCAAAGGAAGUAGCGUGAUCAGGAAUCUGGGUCACAGCCCUAUACGAAAUCAAAGCUUUCGUUAAGAUUCUAACACCAUUUUCAAGUUGAAAUUUAUUUUUAUUGUGGACAUUUUUGUGAACUUUUCAAACGUUGUUUGUCAUGGUCAAAGAGGAAAAUUACGAGAUAAACUCUCCAUUAACUGGCGCCGCUGUACUAUUGUCUCCCCAACUUUACAUCGCGUCACGUCACGUAUUUUUUAAAUUUUAACGUAUUGCAAUAAAGGAAGUUCAUUGGCGUAUGUAGUAAAGUAGUUAUACAGGGAUCACCUCAAAAAGCGCACCGAAAGCAGUUGACGGUUUACAAAAUAAUGAAAUACGCUUGACAAAUUUGUGAAGAUUUAAAACUUUUUUAAAUAUGCCACAUCGAAUCAGUACGGCUUUCAAACAUAGGAAUUGUGAAAUUAUAAUUGCACCUGCAUUCGAGCACCAAUAAACACAGAGUUAACGCGCUGUGAUUUCGAGGGAAAUAUACAAUCGAUUCUCGAAAUUUCGAUUUUGACUCCAUCUCUGAACUCCCGAGAAUAUCGAAGUUUGAUAAUAAAAACUUUUGCAUAUGCAAAGAUAUUGUGUAGGAAUAAACCUGUUAUUUAAGGAGUCGAAUCGGAACAUUACCGAUUUGAGGAAGAUAUUUUGAUUCAAAUUGCAAUGUGAUCCUUUUGUAUUUUCUAUUAUGCUUUCACUGAAUUUUUAAAUGACGUCUGAUUAUAUUUAAAAUUGAUACCAUGUAUAACCCAGGCACGAAAAGCAAAUUUAUAGAAAAUGUUUGAUAAAAGGAAUCUACACCUUGGUCUGAUUAAGUUGCCUAAAAAAAAGAAAUGACCGCAAGCCCAGAAAUACAGUAUAUAUAUAUGAUGAGCUUGUUCAUGUCAAAAUCGUGUUUUUUUUUUCAGAGGAAAUAUAAAUCUGCUCAACAGAUUUGUGUUGGAACGAUAUCUUUUUUUUGGACCUCCUGAAGUAUGCGCACCAAGAUGGCGCACAACCUGAACUCAGGUUGUGUACCAGAUUGGGGUUCAGGUUAUGCGACAUCUUGGUGCGCAUACUUCGGGAGCACCAUUAAUUGUAUACUGCCGUGUGGAAGAUUUUUAAAUAAAAUGUAAACAUCUAUUAGAAAGGCUCCAACCUUCAUCAUCCCACGGCACUGUGCGCAUUUUAUUUUUUAUUUUGAUGACAGCUUCGCGCACAAAAAAAUGAAUCCCAUAGAACAGCGUUUUCUUUUUCGGCCACGGAACACUUACACUUUUUAUCUCGCCUCGCGGA